GCAGCUAAUGCAUGCAGAAUGCAGCAGCAACGCGCACCACGACAGCAGCAGCAGCAGAGAACUCAACGCGUGCUGUGCAACUGCCUUUCCUUAGGCCAGCUUGCCUUGGCUCGCGCUUUCUUGCGAUUGCUCGCAAGGGCAGACAAGCAGAGAGCGCUUUCCCUUCUCUCCUCCAUCAUUACGUAUGGUCCCCCUCCUCCCUGGCUUUGUUCAGAGGCAGUGCCGAGCAGCGCUCACUUCGUUUGGUGCUGCAUUGAAGAUCUCAGACCUUCUUCUUCUGCUUCUUCUUCUGCUUCUUCUUCUGCUUCUUCUUCUUCUUCUUCUUCUUCUUCUUCUUCUUCUUCUUCUGCUUCUUCUUCUGCUUCUUCUUCUGCUUCUUCUUCUGCUUCUUCUGCUUCUUCUUCUGCUUCUUCUGCUCCUUCUUCUGCUUCUUCUGCU